CCCGCCCCCGCCACCAUCUGCUCGGGAUUUGCUAUCCCGAGACUCCAGGCUCGGGGGCUCGGGCUCCAGGGGCAGCCGAUCGGGUCUGUUCAGGGCCCUGGAGCUGCGGUAGGAUCCGACGCCCUUCCAACCUGCUGCGCCUCCUGCAGCGACUCCCUGCGUUCCCGCGUCCCAGCCCGGGGCUGGGCGCUGAUGGAACCGCGGCGAUGUUCACUCUGGCCAGGCUGCUGGAUUUCCAGAAAACCAAAUACGCAAGGUUUAUGAAUGACCGAGUCCCGGCACACAAGAGGUACCAGCCCACAGAGUAUGAACACGCAGCCAACUGUGCUACCCAUGCUUUCUGGAUCAUUCCCAGCAUCCUUGGCAGCUCCAACCUCUACUUCCUGUCGGACGAUGACUGGGAAACCAUAUCUGCCUGGAUCUACGGCCUUGGCCUCUGUGGCCUCUUUGUAGUAUCCACCAUUUUCCACACAGUCUCCUGGAAGAAGAGCCACCUCAGGAUGGUAGAACACUGCCUGCACAUGAUCGACCGGAUGGUCAUUUACUUCUUCAUCGCGGCUUCCUAUGCUCCUUGGCUGAACCUCCGGGAGCUGGGCCCCUGGGCCUCCCACAUGCGCUGGCUGGUCUGGAUCAUGGCCUCCACUGGUACUAUCUAUGUCUUUUUCUUCCAUGAACGGUACAAGCUUGUGGAGCUGCUCUGCUAUGUGGUGAUGGGAUUUUUCCCUGCCUUGGUCAUCCUCUCCAUGCCCAACACUGAGGGCAUCUGGGAGCUGAUGACAGGAGGGGUCUUCUACUGCUUGGGUAUGGUGUUCUUCAAGAGUGACGGGAGGAUUCCCUUUGCCCAUGCCAUCUGGCACCUCUUUGUGGCAUUUGGUGCUGGUACCCACUACUAUGCCAUCUGGAGGUACCUCUACCUGCCCAGCACACUGCAGACCAAGGUGUCCAAAUGAGAUGACCCAGACUCCAUGGGUCAUUUAGACUUUGGGAUCAAAGCAUCUUGGGAAGUGAACUGAGAACUCUAACCCAGAGCAUAGUGCCAAGGUCUGCCUGCCUUUUCCUGGAUGGAAUUCUUUAAGGGUCUAAGGUCCCUUUCACUGACAGCCAGACUACCUUUUGAGUCUCCAGCAAGGAAGAAAACAUUUAGUCGUCUCCAUGGAGAAGAAAUUAAUUCAGUACUGUAUUUCUACUUUAGACAAAUGACUUUUUUUUUUUUUUUUUUUUUUUUUUUUUUUUUUUUUUUUUUUUUUUUUACUAUAACCAAUAUUAACAUCUUCAGAAAAGGGCAAAAUUGGGAAUGAGCACUUGAGAAGCAAUUUUUAAGGUCCUGAGAACCUCCCUUUCUGCUGCAGGGGAAAACCACCUAGCAUUAUAGAUGACAGAUGGGGAAUAUCCCUGACCAUUUCGGACAUCACCAAUCAAUUGCAGAAUUUGCAUAGUGGUAGGUAGAAUUCAACAUAGUGCCCCAUGCAGACAUUACUAAUUGAUUCUGUGCUCAUGAUGGAACUUCUUGGCUGGCCUGGUAUGUUAAGAGACAAGAUCACAGCAGAGCCAUUAGAAACCACUGUAUGGAGGAGCAUGCUUAUCUCUGGACACAAUUACCUUCUAUUCCCUCCUGCCCACCUUCAAGGAAACAAUUGGUGUGGGAUGUUUGGAGGCAGUGCAGGGAAACGAAGGCAUACAUUCCAAGCAGCUGCUGACACUCUGGUCCACCAUGGCUGGUCCUUGGUACUGGAGGAACUGAGAGCUGGGAUGAGGAUGCUGCUACUUAGCUAUUUCUUCUCAUCUCACAGAAUCCAGAGAAAUGAUGAAGCUGCAUUCAGCAGGUUUUUCCCCACCUUGGUUUUCUGAGAUGGCUUCCAGAGGUCCCUCUGAUGGGCCCACGAGCAGGGUCUUCAACUAUCAGAAUUAUGGAAUGUCUACAUCCCCAACCUCUGAGGUGACAUGUCAGCUAAGAACAUGGCUGUCAGGGGCCUAUCCUCAGCCACCUCUACUCCUGGGCUAGCCUUGUCAUAAGAUGCCACCUGGACACUGGCUGAGUGUUGGAGCUGCAGGCCAUGCUCCUGACCUGAGCUGACAACUCAGAAUCUCUGGAAGAGGCUACUGGAAAUCCAAGGUCUUAUUCAACAACUUCCGGCCAGAUGGGUGUGGGCGAGGGUGGGCCUAGACAGGGUGCCUUAUACUUUGUUCUAGCACAUUCCAAGGUAUUUCAGGGCUUCAGCACCUGGAAUCCCAUAUGUCAAAGCCAGUAUUAAAUCAAGUUUAUGCAUUCCUCAGAAA